AUGUCCAGCGGUGAGCUUUGGUCCACUUUAGUCACCGCAAUCGAUCCCGGUAGUACCAAAGCCAUGCCCAUCAUCCUUCAAUCGACCAUCGAUCUUCUGGAGACAGAACUAGCCAAGGCUAGAGCGGCGCUCCAUGAGAUCCAACCUACGGCAUCCUCUUUAUUUACGAAGCGAGAUGAGCUCGCUUUGGGUGCCGUGGCAGCAUAUCGUCAAAGUCUCAUCGACCGCGCGCCGGACUUUUUCUACGGCGCGAGUCGGUUGACCCCCAAGGAGCUGGGACUUGUCCCAGCUGUCCGCGAAGUACAGGCGGACGAUGAUGAAGAUGAUCAUGUAAAGACCUCGUCCAAGCAACACCUUCGGCCUGUCCAGCCGAUUGCGCCCAAGCGCGCUUCUUUGGCCGAUGUCUUAUCCAACAGUCUAAUCCUCGACCAUAUGGCCCCAUAUCUGUCAACCUCCUCAUUGUUGGCUCUAGCAUCUACUUCACGCCAGGUUCGGUCAUCGAUAGUGGACACUCCCUACAUUUUCCGCCACCUUGAUCUGACCCAAUGUCGUGGUGCGAAACCAGCCAGCACAUCUGCGACAGACUUGGCGGAGCAAGUAGGGAGUGGUGAGCAAGGGGAAGACUCCGCAGUCGAGGAUGAAAUUCAUUCUGCGCCUCUGAGGGGCAUCUUUGCUAGUCUCCAAAGGCAGUCGAUCCUGCAGGACGUGCGCACAUUGGUUCUGGAUGGGCUGUCCGUUCCAGCGGAUUUGCUUGCGGAAAUUAUCCUCACAGAUCGCUUCAACGUCAACAUUCUAUCUAUAAGGGAGUGCCGCCAUCUCAAUGAGCGGAAACUGAUGCAGGUGCUGACCCAUGCGGUACGGCCUUCUCGUCCUAAGGGCACACCCCGCGUUAAAGGAAUCUAUCACUUUACUCCCCUCCAACAGUCCCGUGCGGUGAUCCGCAGCAGAUACCGCGACUGGUGGAGCUCGAGAUGUGGCAGCCAAUCGUCCAUUACUCCGAGUCCGGAAAACGGGUCUGCAACUAGUGAAGUUGCUGAAAGUGCCACACCGCAACAGGAUGCAUGGUAUCGCUCGUCCGGGCAGCUCUUCAAGCGGAGCAUUGAGGAUGGCUGGGCAGAGACAAUCAAGCAGUGCGAAGGUAUCAUUGCAUUUGACGCUGUUUUGUGCCGUGGUCCUCGUCACGACGUUGAUCUUUCCACUCCCAUGCCGGAAGACCAGAGUGCAUCUCAGCCAGAGGGCCGGCCGCCGCUUGCGCCAAAACUGGCAACUGUUGCACUAGGGCCCCGAGGAUGCGAUGGCUGCCACACAUCACCCGAAGGCCCGACUUUCUGGGGCCAGUCCCCGGAUGAAAACCUUCCCCUGCUGACGCCGCCACCGCUCCACUCUUCCUCUGUAGUCGAGGCAAAAAGGCCGGUGUUGAUUCCGGACGAGCAGCCAAGUCUAAUCGCUCGCUGCACAGAUUGCUUGACAGAUCGGUGGUGCCAUCGUUGCAAUAAAUGGUUCUGUGAGGAUUGCCUGCCUCAUCCAGAGCGUGUACGGAACAAUCUUUCGCCGCACCAGACAGCGUUCAGAAACCCGCAGAGCAAUCUGGGUAGUACUGAACAGUCCGAAGAUCAUAGGCAAUUCAGCCGCGGUGUAAGCAAAGAUUGCUGGGAAUGCGGUCCAACGUGUGUCCAGUGCAAGACGGAAUGCCAGCGAACUUGCCAAAGCUGCCGUGGUGAAUAUUGUGUUGAGCACAAUGAGGGAUGUUCGUCGACGAUGUGCGAUUGGUGCAAUGCCAGUACCCGGCAUCGGGUGAGAGAACUGUACUGA